AUGAGCAAAGAGGAAUAGAGUCAAUAAAAUGAAUAGCCAUAUAAAAGGCAAAGAAGACCAAGGUAACACACCAAUGAAGAGGAAUCUAAUUAAUUUUGGAAAAACAAUUAAUAUUUUGCUCAAGGGUAAAUUGACGAGGGUGAUGAUGAAGAUUCGGAAGAAUAUUAUCCAUAGUAAUCUUCUGCAUCUGAAGAAAUUUCAAAAGAAAAUGAUACAGGUGACUAUAUAGAUUCUUUGGAUUAAUGGUAAGAUUGUUCAGAUUCAAAAGUAUAAUUAAAAUAAUAGUAAGAAUCGCCAUCCAAAAGCUUUAUCAAACUAAUGAGAAAAAAUCUAGAGCAAUUCUCUACAAUGAGAGGAGUGCAUACAUAAGUUGAUAUUGCUACUCUGCCUCGUUUAGGUGAGACAUCUUACGUUUAUUUUAAUGAAGAGUAGAAAUUUAAAACUGAAUUUCAAGAUGUUCUAAAUAGAUUCUAUAAAUCUAUUCCCUAUUCUAAGAAAAUUAAAAGGGAAGAUGAUUAAGUUAAAUGCAAAACUGAGUUUCACGGUGACUUAUUUGAUUUCGAAGAUAAAAGAUAUUUUAUUGAUAUUGAAAUUUAGUAAUUGCAAAGAAUUUUGAAAUUAUACAAAACACAAAAGUUUGAUUCCUACCUUGCUUAUCGUAAACUCACAAGAGAUUAAAAUUUGGAUUUUUAAUAAUCAAUUCAGAAAUAAUUAGAUUUAUUAAGAUAAAAGAAAAGAUAAAUGGAUGCCUAAUUGGAAGAAGAGAAAAGAUGUUUCAAUCUAUCAAUUGAUUAAUAAUACAUAUUAAAAUUGAAAGAAUACACUAAAUGUUUGACGCCUCGAUAUUUUCAAAGCUAAAGUAAUCUGAAGUAUGAACAACUGUUAUUAAAUGAGAAUCCACUCUUCCAAAUAUAUCCAUUUGAUAAAUAGCCUUAAUGGCUUCUUUAAUAUCAGGAAACCUAUAAAAUUUUCAAUUAGAAAUUUUAAUUACUUUAAGCUCCUCUUUAUUUUUAUAGUUUUUAAGAUGCAAAUGCUUUAAAGAUAGCUUCUCAUCUCAUUUUGAAAUCCAUAAAGUAAUUGGAAUAAGUAUCCAAAAAUAAGUUUAUUGCCAAAAUAUUUGUUGAUCUGAUCAACGCUCUCUUUAAUAUUGACAUUCCUGAAGCAGAUCUGUUAUUUAAUACUGAGCUGUUGAACGAAGAAAUUAUCCACAUCUUGACUACUUAAGAUAAGUAAAACCUAUUGAAUUAACCUGAAUAAUAUAAGCCAUUUCCUACUCCUGAUGACCCUGGAGUUCAAACUAAAACUAAAUUGAGGUUUUAUCCAAACUUCAAAAUUGAAGAAUAUGCCCUUUAUGGAAGACCUGUGUUUGAAUUCUCAAUGAGAUAUUUGUAUGAAAUCUAUCUAAGAAUAUAAAGCAUAACAUAAAUAUCAACUAAAAUAACAUACAAAAAUAUAGAAUAUACGAUUGGAAAUUUAAUUAUGGAAUGUUGCUAUAAGUAUUUAGAGGAUGAGAUUACAUAUGCAGCUUGGCUUACAAUUUGCAAAUCAAUAUUUAAUGAACAGGAUUCGAUUUAAUUUUAAUCUCUAAUUUUAUUGGUUUAAAUGUUUCGAAGAUUAUUUUAUUAGUAUGAUGAAUGGACAGUAGAAUUAUUAAUCAAUUGGAUUUAUAAGGUGUUGGGUGAUGAUAGUAAAAUUGUGAAUGAUGAUGUACAAAUAUCGAAUGUGAGUGUUAAAGAUAUCUUGUCGAAAUCUAAGAACAACGCAGAAUUAUCAAAUGCCAAGAUGACUAGAGUACAGACAGUAGAUGGGUUGAUGAUCAUUCAUGUUUUUGAGUUUUCAUAAUUGUAUUGA